CCUGCUUGGGAGAAUCUCCGUUAUUUUCUGGCAUCCAAGCCUGGGGUGAUGAGGCUAGCUGGGUGGAGGUCGCUUCUCUCCCAGAGGAAGUAAACUUUUUGUGUCCCUCCCCACGUGCUUUCCCCUGGGAGUCACUACUUGAGUCCUCCCUCUUGUGCAGUCGCUGCAGCAGCCCCCAGCCCGCUCCGGACAAUGGCGACGGCUGAGGUACUGAACAUUGGUAAGAAACUCUAUGAGGGUAAAACAAAAGAAGUCUAUGAAUUGUUGGAUAGUCCAGGAGAAGUCCUCUUGCAGUCCAAGGACCAGAUUACAGCAGGAAAUGCAGCCAGAAAAAAUCACCUUGAAGGAAAAGCUGCCAUCUCAAACACAAUCACCAGCUGUGUUUUUCAGUUGUUGCAGGAAGCAGGUAUCAAGACUGCUUUCACCAGAAAAUGUGGGGAGACGGCUUUCAUUGCACCUAAGUGUGAAAUGAUUCCAAUUGAAUGGGUUUGUAGAAGAAUAGCAACUGGUUCUUUUCUCAAAAGAAACCCUGGUGUCAAGGAAGGCUAUAAGUUUUACCCACCUAAAGUAGAGAUGUUUUUCAAGGAUGACGCCAAUAAUGACCCACAGUGGUCUGAGGAACAGCUCAUUGCUGCAAAUUUUUGCUUUGCUGGACUUGUUAUAGGCCAGACUGAAGUGGAUAUCAUGAGUCAUGCUACACAGGCCAUUUUCGAAAUACUGGAGAAAUCCUGGCUGCCCCAGAACUGUACACUGGUUGAUAUGAAGAUUGAAUUCGGUGUUGACGUAACCACGAAAGAAAUUGUUCUUGCUGAUGUCAUUGAUAAUGACUCCUGGAGACUCUGGCCAUCAGGAGAUCGAAGCCAACAGAAAGACAAACAGUCCUAUCGUGACCUCAAGGAAGUAACGCCUGAAGGGCUGCAGAUGGUAAAGAAGAACUUUGAGUGGGUUGCAGAGAGAGUAGAGUUGCUUCUGAAAACAGAAAGUCAGGGCAGAGUUGUAGUAUUGAUGGGCUCGACCUCUGAUCUUAGUCACUGUGAAAAAAUUAAGAAGGCUUGUGGGAAUUUCGGCAUUCCAUGUGAACUUAGGGUAACAUCUGCCCAUAAAGGACCAGAUGAAACUCUAAGGAUUAAAGCUGAGUAUGAAGGGGAUGGCAUCCCUACCGUGUUUGUGGCAGUGGCGGGCAGAAGCAAUGGUCUGGGACCAGUGAUGUCUGGUAACACUGCAUUUCCAGUUAUUAGCUGUCCCCCCCUCACUCCAGACUGGGGGGCGCAGGAUGUGUGGUCUUCUCUUCGAUUACCCAGCGGUCUUGGCUGUUCAACCAUACUUUCUCCAGAAGGAUCAGCUCAGUUUGCUGCUCAGAUAUUUGGAUUAAAUAACCAUUUGGUAUGGGCCAAGCUACGAGCAAACGUAUUAAACACAUGGAUUUCCUUGAAGCAGGCUGACAAGAAAAUCAGAGAGGGCAAUUUAUGAGAAAGAACAUUACUGCAUAUUUUUAGGACAAAAACUACAAUUUCCAGUUUAGCUGCAGGGAAAAGAAAUCGAGCAAAAUGAAGAAAAGAUUUUAAAUCAAUCAGAAAAUAAAAUUUAUAAGUGAAUAAGUGCUUCGCUAGAUUAAUGGAUUAGAAUAUAUGUACGUGUUUAUUACUACUACUUUGUAACUGGUGAGAUUAAUAAGUACAUUUGAACCCUAACCUUAAUGGUCAUCGUUGUUAGGUAGGCAGUAUCUAUCAAAUGCUAGCAAUGUGCAGUGAUAGGGCUUGAGUCACUACCUAGCUGUCUGCAUCUCACCCCGUAAGUUUUAGUUAAAAUGGUUGCAUCUUAGGAAGGAAUAAGCAAUGGAGUCCCUUUCCACAUUAUGAUCUUUACAAAAUGCUAGGAGCAUGGUUUUUUAUUUGCAGUCAGUAUAGCAGAAAAUGAUGUUGUAUUUAUCUCUAGCUAUAGAUUGAGAUGCUGUUUGGGUUUGAUACUGCCUUUUCAAGAAAAGCUGAGAUUGGUAGUGGGGGUAAGAGACACGAAGUAAGAUGAAGGGGAGUCAUGCAGAGAUUUCCGAGAACUCCACUAAUGUUAAGGCAAUUUCCCAUGGGAAAAGGGAAGUCACUUUCGUCUUCCAAAUGAUUUAAAUCUUACUUGGCUCUGUAGGUCAUAAAGUUCUUUUAAUUCCGAAAAAUCCGUAUUUUAGCCAGACUGACCUUCCCUAGCCUACCAUCAUUUUCAGGAAUGGGAAUCUCCCAGUUAAUAACCAUGAUUAAUAGUCUUAAGUCUGGGCCGUAUACCCAACAAAAUGCACUUCUAAAGGAACAGUUGUUCCUGUGAGGUAUUACAGUUCAUCAUCAGUCUAUUAACCUUAUUUGGAAAAAAAGUUAAAUUAUGUAGCUUUGAGGAUUUUAUAGAUCAAACUUUAAUGUGAGUAUCCAUGAGCUCCUUAAGCUUACAUGUAAAGUUUUAGGUAUAUGUUCAGUUUAUGAAAAGGGGGCAAUCAGUUUUACCAAAAAUCUGUCCCCCAAGUGUUAAGACACUCAGCUCCAGAUGAGGUCUUGAUAAGACUUUUGCCACUGGCCAUUCUGUUCAUACUUUCACCUCCCUUUCAACUCUUAAUAAGCUGCCAUCUCAUCACUUCUUUCACCUUAUCUCUGUAGAGUUGACCCACCUAACUCUUCCUCUCUGGGCUACACACCCAGCAAUUCCAGCCUCAGUCCUGAUCCUGCCUCCUAUUUUACUGUUUUCCUUAAAUAUUGAUGUUCCUGAGUAUUCAGUCUAUUAUUUACAAAUAAUGGUGGAAUAAUCUUUAUUCCUUAAAACCAGCAUACUGACUCCCAGCUCUAUCUAUAGACUUGUCUUUUCAACUGUCGAGUUCCCUCUGAAUGUUCCAAACUUAACUCAUCUUACCCCAAGCCUAGAACUGCCUACACUCAGUCUCAAAUCAGAAGCUUAAUUUUAUCCUUGAGGUUUUUUUCUCUGAGCUUUCACAUCUGAUUCACCACCAGUCUUGAGUUUACCACUUACCCAUUCUGUACAAAACCCCUGAGAAAGGGUCAGAUACUAGCCUGGUCUAGAAGGCCUGCAUUCUCCACCUGACCUGCCUCAAGUUAACUGAGAUCUUACAACAUAAACUCAUUUUUAAAAAUCUCUUCUGCACAUAGACUCGUUGCAAACAUGAAUGCCAUUGCUCCUCUCCCUGCAAAGCUGCAGUUUUACGAACACAUUCCAUUGGUUUGUGGGUUCCCUUGAAGCCUAUCCAGUCCAUAGGUUUAGGAUUGCUGAUGUAACCCAUUAAGGGAACCUGCUUUCUGCAUCAUCUUCAGACUGGGUACACAUCCGUACCUUUAAGUCUUAGAAUGUCCUCACUUCUGUCAUUAAAAUCUACUCCUUAGUUACUAAAGUGUUUUCACUGUCUCCCUGAAAACUUCCCUAAGAAACCUCCCUCUAGUUAAGAAAACAGGUACUUUACAAGUACCCUGUCCCCUUUAGUCCCCUUACACGACCUUAUGCUCUGACGUGCUAUGCCUAGCUUUCUGAUAGAAAUGGGAGAAUUGUAAAAAUUGUGUAUGUUUAAUUUUCUAUCUUAAGUUGGAUCACAAAAACAAUGAAAAAGAUUUGAUUGAACAUCUUUGAACUUAGGCUUCAUGGCCUCUGAACAGUCACUGGCUGCUAUUUUACCUCUUCUGUUCCUAUCAGCAAAAGCUCCACCUGUUUCUGUGCAGUACAUAAACAUUUCAAAUGUUGAGACUAGUGGGUAGGACUGAGCUUUAGCAGUGGUUAUUAUCAAUUUCGCUAUUGGAUUCCUGAUGAGCACCUAUAUCCUCAGGAGUCUGGUUCAUCAGUGCUAGAGAGUAAAUGCUUUUAGCCGCGUGAAAACCUACCUGCUUUACCACCUUUGGGGCUGACACUUUCUCUAGGCUUGUUGUUAAGAAGAGGAAGAAAAACUGUGUCCAAAUAAUGCAGUAUUUAAAAUUUAUGUCUUAAAGCCAUGCUUAGAAUUGAUAUUGAUUUAAGACCUGGAAUUUAAACAAUUCAGCAAAAUAAAAGACAAAGACAA